CGAGCAUUGCCGACCCGAGGCCACUUCGCCCGUUUCACUCCCCCACCCGCUCUCCCACGACGCGAUCCCUCCCUCCCCUUUCCGCUUCCACCCCAGCUCCUCCUCCGCAACCAUUUCGCCGCCCCGGCACGCCGCCGCCGGCGCACGCUCAGCAGGUUCCCCCAGGAAGCGGGGAGGUGAGCGAUGGAGGACGACUCGCCGAUGGUGAAGACGGCCAAGGGCGCCGUCACGGGGCUGGCCGCGGGAACCAUCUGGGGCACCAUCGUCGCCACCUGGUACGACGUGCCCCGCGUCGAGCGCCACGUCGCGCUCCCGGGCCUCAUCCGGACGCUCAAGAUGUGCGGCAGCUACGGGGUCACCUUCGCCGCCGUCGGGGGGCUCUACAUCGGCGUGGAGCAGAUCGUCGAGAGCCAGCGCAAGAAGCGCGACUUCGUCAACGGGGCCGUCGGCGCCUUCGUCUCCGGCGCCACCGUCUAUGGCUACCGAGGAAAGAGCAUUAAGUCUGCCCUCAUUGGUGGUUCUGCUCUGGCAUUCACAUCUGCUAUUCUGGACGUUGGUGGUAAUACAACGAGAGUGGACAAUGGCAAAGCAUACCACGCUUACACAACGGAGAAGAAGCCUGCACAUUGACCAAGGUUGUACUUGUAGCUGAAAUCUUGCAAACCAUCGGCUCGGUGAAUUUUUAGCUGAUGCUUGCUGUUAUGUCUGUUUUGGUGAUGCACCUAGUUCCUUUACAAAUCCAUGGUAACUUGUUUUGCUGGAGAGCAAUACAACAGGCUUGAAUAAAUAUUUGAUGUUAUUUUGCUUCA